GACAAAAUAGUCUUAUACACCAGAAAUAUAACAAGCCUAAAUCGCCCAUAUUUGAAUUUAAGACGUUUUGCUCUAUGACCAGCUUGCAUGGUUUCUUUCAUUUUGUGGAAAACAAUUUUAACAAGAUUGGAAAAAUCUGUCAUUUCCGUGUAAAGAAGUAGUGAAGUCAUUUUUUUGGUUACGCAAAAUGGAAUUCGAUCCUUGCAACCUUUUGUUUCAAGAAACGUUUACGUCGUAUGGCUUGUGCUACUCAUUCAAUAUGAUGCCAAUGAGAGAUUUAUUGGACGGUGUUGACGAAUGGUCGCAGGAGUUCAAUAACUAUAGUUGGAAAAAGUAUCAUAGUAGCUGGAAGCCGGAUACCGGAUAUAAUAGCGAUGCGCUGACUGAUCAUUUACCAUUGAGGACGUUUGGCGACGGUGACUAUCACAGUGCUUCUAUGGAAUUAGAACUUCACACCGAGGAUAUGAACAAAGAAUGUGCACAUGGGUUGGACGUAUUCUACAUAUUGAUCCAUAGUCCAGCCGAAUGGCCUGAUAAGUCACAUCCGACAUUAUUAGCUAGCAUCAACAUGAUCACGACUAUUUCAAUUAAACCGGUUGUGCUUACUACUGCCAAAGAGCUAAUACCGUGGGAUCCCAAAAUAAGGCAUUGUUACUUUCAAAACGAGAGUAAACUAAAAUUUUUCAAAGUUUACACUAAAAAUAAUUGUGUCUUAGAGUGUCGCAGCUUUAGUAUACUGUCACAGUGUGGUUGUGUGCCUUUUUACUUUUUAAGAAUGAAAAAUACGCCAGUUUGCGGACCUGCUAAAAUGUCUUGUUGGGUGACUGCCUCACAGGCUUCGUCGGAUUCAUGUGAUUGUUUACCAGGGUGUACUGAAUUUUUUUUCAAAACAUCGUCAAUGAAUGCAAAGCGUUCGGGAUAUGCUCUAAAAAAUAAAAAUAACCUGUUAUCUAAUUCAUUGAUAUUAAGUGUUUAUUAUCAAAGUAAAAAUUUCAUUGGAUUUAAUCGAAUAAUGACUUUUACAUUUGGUCAAUUUAUGGGUAACGUAGGUGGAAUAAUGGGAUUAUGCUUGGGAUUUAGCUUUUUGAGUUUGGUUGAAAUUAUUUAUUUUUUAACACUCAGACCAUUCGUAAAUUUUUGUAAUUCAAAAAAAAAAAUGAAAAAAGUUGCUCCGACACUCAUAUUUGGAGAAGAGUAA